CUAUUUGUCUUUGAAAUACAGUAAUUACUUAAGACAUGCCAUACAAGAGAAGUUGGCAGCUCUGAUGGUUUUGCCCAACAAAGUGGUUGUGCCACUCAUUGAUGGCCUGUCAAUGAAGUCAAUUAGGUUUGCGCCACCGAUUGGAGUCAUGCGACUGGAAGUGAUUGAAGCAAAGAAUUUGAAAAAGAGUGACGUCGGGAUGUUAGGUCUGGGAAAGAGUGAUCCAUACGUGCGAAUCAUAAUCGGAAGUCAAGAAUUCAGAUCUCCAGUCAUUUACAAUACAGUGAAUCCAAAGUGGAAUUACAUCUGCGAAGCAGUGGUCCAUCACUUACACGACCAGAACGUGGAGAUAGAAGUGAUGGAUGAGGACCAG